UUUAUCUCUCUCUCUUUCUCCCCCCCCCCUUUUUUUUUUUUUUUUUUACUUUUCUCAAAAAAAAAUGUUAGUUGGACAACAACAUCGUAUGGAGUUGGAGAGCAAAGAGAUAAAGAGUAGUAUCAAGGCACCUAAUUCCUUUUUACUAUACCAAACCAAACGACGCAACGAUUCCAACGGUCAAGAAGUUUCAUCAUCCCAAUUACUUGCUGAAUGGAACCUAAUGUCAAACGAACAAAAGACAGAGUUUCAAAAUCAGUCUCAAUGUAUUCAAUUCACGCUCGAUAUUGAUAAUCGCCCUCAUUUCAUCCAUGGUAGUCGUCUACCCAAAAUUGUGGUCCCGCGUGCUCCUUCUUCCAUGCUCAUUCCUAACGACCACGCCUCACCCACCAAUACCACCACAGACCAAUUGUACAAUCAUCACGCGCAUCCUCAACAGCAUCAUUAUCAACCUCAUCAUUAUCAGCAUAGUCAUCACCAAUUAUCCGAUCUCCUUUUACACCAUCCACUGGAGAAAUCCUUUUAUUAUCAUCCUACAACAACAACAACAACCACUUCAGCCGCUGCCACAGCAGAAGCCGCCGCUCUCGAAUCCCUCUCAUUGAAACAUAGUGUACAAGAUAAGAACGAAGGGAACCUGAGAAAGAAAUACGGUACAUUACCCGAAAAGGUGAAACGUCCACCCAACGCUUACCUCUUAUUUAAUCGCGAUAUGCGUCGUCAACUUAAACACGUGAAUCAAGGUUUAACCUCGGGUGAGAUCAGUAAAUCCAUUAGUUCCAAAUGGAAACAACUUUCACCUGUACAAAAGGAAUAUUAUAUUGGCGAAGAAAUUAAAUUAAAACAAUUGCAUAAUAAACAACAUUCGAAUUUUAUUUAUACAAGACGAUCGAAAGCGGAAAUGCGUGAAGCUGAUUCUCUAAAGAAAUUACAAAAAUCUGCCUCUGCUUCUGUGACAACAACAACAACGAUAACAGAACGAAAGAAACGAAAAGGUUCACCUAAACCUACAACAACAACAACAACAGACAUGGUGGUGGUGGUGGGGGGUCGUGACCCAAGAGGAAGAAAGAAAAAGAAACCAGACGCUACUUUACCAAAACAUCCGAUGUCUGGUUACCUUCAUUUUGCUAAAGAAAUGAGACCCAUCAUGAAAAAGAAAUGUCCUGACGCAAGACUAGUAGAGAUCAGUAGACAAAUUGGAUCUCAAUGGCGAAGUAUGACAGAAAAGGAAUUAGCACCUUGGCAAGAAAUUGCUAAUCGAGAUAAACAACGUUAUGCUCAAGAAAUGAAGGACAGGAUCCUCUAUCAUCAUAGUAGUGUGGACGAAGAGGAUGAGGAAAAUGAAAGUAUUCAAAGUCGAACAUCUACUGUACAAGAUACAUUGGAUAGUCAUACCAUUGCUGCCGUAGCUCAAAUGGUGAAUCGUAAUACCACUUUUCAAUAAAAUUUUUAUUGCCUUUCUUGAUCCGCGCGCAUUUAUGUGUGUUACCUUCUCACACUUCUACCCCACACUUUUUUUUUUUUGCUUUAAAAAAAAUCUCGCGCGCAUGAAUUUACUUUUUAUUUUAGGC